GGCGUCGCCCUGAGGAGAGCGGCGUUGCCGCCGGUCUUGGGUGAGGUGUGUUGUGGGGUCGUUUCUCCGUGAGGGGACGGCUGCUGUGGGACGAGCGGUACCGGACGGGCGGUACUGGGCAGCUGCCCUGGGACAUCAUGGCAGCCCAUCAGGAGAAAAAAACUUCUGAAGAAAGAAAACGCAAAAGCACCCAAAAUGAUACUCGAACAUCUCAAGUCCAGUGGGGGAGAGCAUGGGAAGUGGACUGGUUUUCCUUGGCAAACAUCAUUUUCCUGCUCAUGUUUGCACCACUUAUCGUAUAUUACUUCAUAAUGUCCUGUGACCAGUACCAGUGCUCUCUGAUUGAUCCACUCAUUGACUUGUUCACGGGGAAUAAACAUCUGUCUGACAUCUGGAACAAGACUCCUACAUUGACCUAUAGGGCUGCUGGGAUCUAUACCCUUUGGGUUGCUUUCCAGGUGUUUUUGUAUCUGUUCAUUCCUGACUUCUGCCAUAAGUUUCUUCCUGGAUACGUAGGAGGCGUACAAGAAGGUGCUGUCACCCCUGCUGGUGUAGUGAAUAAGUAUGAAAUCAAUGGACUUCAGGCUUGGAUCAUUACCCAUGUGCUUUGGUUUGCAAAUGCAUAUUACUUCCACUGGUUCUCACCCACCAUCAUUUUUGACAACUGGAUUCCUCUCCUGUGGUGUGCCAAUGUCCUGGGAUAUGCAGUUUCCACGUUUGCAAUGAUUAAAAGCUACUUUUUCCCUACCAAUGCCAAAGACUGCAAAUUCACUGGCAACUUCUUUUAUGACUACAUGAUGGGGAUUGAAUUUAACCCUCGAAUAGGAAAGUGGUUUGAUUUCAAGCUGUUCUUCAAUGGGCGCCCUGGUAUUGUAGCCUGGACUCUAAUUAACCUAUCCUAUGCUGCUAAACAACAGGAGCUGUAUGGUCAAGUAACCAACUCCAUGAUCCUUGUCAAUGUCCUUCAGGGUAUUUAUGUUUUGGACUUCUUCUGGAAUGAAGCCUGGUAUUUGAAAACCAUUGAUAUCUGCCAUGAUCAUUUUGGAUGGUAUUUGGGCUGGGGAGACUGUGUUUGGUUGCCUUACCUCUAUACUUUGCAGGGUUUGUAUUUGGUUUACCACCCUGUCCAGCUGGGCACAGUUAAUGCCAUAGGAAUCUUGAUGUUGGGUUUGAUCAGCUAUUACAUCUUCAGAAUGACCAACCACCAGAAGGACCUCUUCCGUCGUACAAAUGGCAACUGCAAGAUAUGGGGGAAGAAACCAGAGUAUAUUGAGUGCUCCUAUAUGUCUGUGGAUGGGACCAAGUACUACAGCAAACUGAUGACCUCAGGAUUCUGGGGGUGGGCACGCCAUUUUAAUUACACAGGAGACUUGAUGGGAUCCCUGGCCUAUUGCCUGACUUGCGGGUUUGAACACAUCUUGCCUUACUUCUAUAUUGUUUAUAUGACUAUUCUGCUAACCCACCGUUGCAUUAGGGAUGAACACCGUUGUUUCAGCAAAUACGGGAAGGACUGGAAGCGCUACACUGCUGCAGUGCCUUACCGGCUCAUACCAGGAAUAUUUUAAGGCUAAUGCAGAAUCCAGGGAAGAGGAAAAAAAAGAAACUUUUUUUUUUUUGAGGUGAAGAGAGUUUAUUCACAUAGUUUAACUAACAAAAACACUUUGUGAAGGACACUUAUAUGGUUCCGAAGGAGAAAAUGUGGCUGGACAAUAAUCCUUGCUGUACUGAAGGAACAUGCAGGCAGACUGUAUUUAAAGUAAAUGAUAUGAGGCACUGAAAUGGCCUGGUGUUUUUUAGAAAACUCUCUUACUUGGAACUCUUUUUUUUCUUUUUUUUUUUUCUUUUUUUCCCUCCCUCUCAAAAUUAACUUGGAAUUGAAGAAAAGUUGCAUGUAUUGAGACUCCUGAAGUAUCCCAGAGAUGGGAGGAAGCCUUACCUGUCAGAGUAGCAGGGUUCUGGAACCACUUUCCAGUGACUUAGGAGAGGAGGAAAAUAAUUGUGUGAUCUCUUUAUGAAAGAAAUUGUAUGAUGUCAUUGCUUGUGACAGUCAUAACCUACAGUCAUUGACUCCCCAAAGGAGGCUUUAUUGUUUGCUGCUUUUUCAAGAGGGGAAAUACUGAACUGGGGAACCUGAUCCUAAACUGAUGUGUGGGAAGAUUUUUAUAAUCUAAUACAAAUAUUUGUGGAAGCUGGUAUAAAUAUGUAUGGCUCAAAAGUUACGUUAGUUUACAGCACCUGAGAAUGUGGUACAUGACCAACUGGGUAUUAUUUUGAUACCAAAACCAAACUUGCUUUGUGAAGAUACUGAGCGUAUAUUGAUUUCUUUAGUGUGGAUAGAAAACUCCAUUCUCUAUCAUUUGUAUAAAAUCUUAUUUGUAAAAAUUUAAGAAAUAAAUGGUUGGUUCCCAGACAACUAAAAA